AAUCAUAUCAAAGCUUGUUCACCGCCAUUGCUGCUCUUCUGCCAUUUGCAAACACGUGUCUUUUCUUCCUGUCCACCAAGCGAUUCCGGCAGCAGAACAGAACUCCUAUUUUACAGAACAUCAACAAACAUGGCCAAAAGCUUGCGUAGCAAACGGAAGAGGAAGAUGCGAGCAGAGAAGAGGAAGAAAAACGCCCCAAAGGAGCUAGUCCGCCUGAAACAAGCCCUGAGUAACGACAAGAAAGGCGAUGCCAUCAUGACCGACCUGGAAGAGAUUGCCACUGUGGUGCCGGCUGAAAAGAUCAAGGAGGACGCUGAUGUUACAACAGAAGCCGGCGAUGGUGAGCGUAAAAUGGACUUGGACAGCAAGCGCAACAAGAAGACUAUGUUGAAUGAGCAUGGACAGUAUCCUGUGUGGAUGAACCAGCGACAGGCCAAGAAGCUGAAAGCCAUGCGACUGAGAAAGAAAGGGGGUCGGGUCAAGAAGAAGAAGGGCAUUGCCUGGUGAAACAAGAUCUUUGUUUUGCUCCCAAACCUUCACCCUCAGAGACUGUAAAUACAUUUUAUCCAUGAUGACUCUGACAAGUGACUCACAAUGAGGAUAACAAUGCUAAGGAUAUUAUUGUCUUUAUUUGUGUGGCGCAGCAGCUAUAGAUGUACGGACAGAUGCAAGUAGAAGAUGUGAGCAGACCAAUGGCUUGAUCGUUCUCAUGUAUAUUUUGAUAUUUUUAUCAGCAAACAGGAUGGAUAAAACACCUACAAGUACUUGUUUUCUUCGUUUACAAUUUUCCCAUUUAAACCACACAAAGCUCAGACUUCAAAUAAACUAUCUGGAACACAG